GAAAAGGGGCGGAUGGGAAGGAAGGGUUGUUUUAAAAAAAAAAAAAAAAAGAGGAGGGCGUGAGCGAGGCGCCGGGUCCUCCUCCUGGGAGCGGCAGGUCGUCCUCUGCCGCGUCGCGGCGGCGCGGACAAAAACGCGUUUGUGAUGCCGAUUGGCUCAAUGUGGUCCCCUCUUCCCCCACCUCCCGGGCAAGAUGGCGGCGCCCAUAUCGAGCUGGGCUUGAAGAGCGGAGCAGGGCAGCAGGGAGGGAAGGCAGAGGAGCAGAGGCCGACAGGCGGGAGGGGGCUGGGAGCGGUGGGGCUAGGGAAGCGCGGCGCGGCCUCUGAGGCUGCCCUGAGGGGCUGGGGGGGGGGGCCUCCACAGAAAUCGCCUGGAAAGGCUUCUCUUAGAGGAGACCUAUUGGCUCCCCUUAGGAGCCUCACCUGUUUUGAAGGGCGGUCGUUUUUCCGCCUCAAGCCCCUGACAAACCUCAAGCCUCCUUUGUUCCAGGAGAAAGCCUGGGGAGGAUUUUUAAAGAAACCCUAAAGCCUAUUGUUUACUUCAUUAUAUAGCCAUACAUCUGUAGAUAGAUAUAGCCCUCUCUUCUGCAAUAAGUGCAGCAGCUUCUCAGUAACGAAAUCCAAGCAAAGUUAAAGCCCAAAUACGAUAAAACCAACUAGCAGCAUUGUGAAUGCUGGGCGGCGGGGGACAACAAAUACUAGACCCUUAUCUGCCAUGUAAAUUGUCCAGUAAGGGGAUGUUUUUAUUUAUUAUUAAAUUGAGCUAUUUAAUUUUCUGCCUAUCUUUGUAAAACCAGGGAAGCUUUUGAUUAUUAUUAUUUUUAAAACUGUAUCUGUUUGAAAAAGAAUAAGGACAGUAAUCCACAAUACAAUACUACGGUUGCUGCAGGAUCAUUAGAUUGUGGCAAGUUUAUCACCAAGCUUUCUGCACUUCCUUCUCCAAAUCUCAUGAUGUGGUGUAGUGGCUUACAAUGCAUAUUCUCCUACCGACCCUUUUUGGUCCAAUGUCUUUAUCCAACUCUCCUUGCUCGUGGUCCAGCAUUUUUCACAGUGAACUCAAGGCGGUCAUACACACCACAGCCAGAAAGGAAGAGGUUUUAUCAGAAUGUUAGCAUCUCCCAAGGUGAAGCUGGCUUUGAGAUCAACUUGGACCACCGGAAGCUGAAAACUCCCCAGGCCAAGCUCUUCACAGUGCCCAGCCAGGCCCUGGCUCUGGCUGUAGCGACUGAAUGGGACUCUCAGCGGGACACCAUCAAGUUCUACACCAUGCACCUGACCACCUUAUGCAACACAGCUUUGGACAACCCAUCCCAGCAAAGCAAAGAUCAGCUCAUUAGAGCAGCUGUGAAGUUCUUGGAGACGGACACAAUCUGCUACCGGGUAGAAGAGCCCCCUGCCCUGGUGGAACUGCAGAAGAAUGAAUGGGACCCCAUCAUUGAGUGGGCUGAGAAAAGGUAUGAUGUUGUAAUCGGCUCCUCAACAAGCAUCAUGGGUCCCAGCAUCCCGCAAAGCACAAAAGACACCUUCAUGAGCCACUUGGCGUCAUAUAACACCUGGGCACUUCAAGGUAUAGAGUACAUGAUCACUCAGCUGAAGUCCCUGAUUCUCUCCAUGGGCCUGCUGGAGAAGCACCUCCUGGUGGAGCAAGCCGUCCUGCUGUCUCGCCUGGAGGAGGAGUACCAGAUCCAGCACUGGGGAAACGUGGAGUGGGCCCAUGACUACGAUAUGUAUGAGCUGCGUGCCCGCACGGCUGCCGCCGCCCUUUUCGUUUUUCUCUGCUCAGAGAGUUCCACUGUCAAGCACAAGUUGUUGCAGGACUAAGGCUUUGGGGAGAAGAAGAUGGCUGUGUUGGGUGGUCCAAAGAAGACCCAAGACUGGAUGACAGGUGGGGGCAGUGAUGGAAUCGUCGGUCCCACCUGGGGCUGGGCUGGUGUGGCUGGGCCCCAGGUUCAGCUUCUCGCGUUGGCCGGGAUGGUGGGGAGCAGGGAUGGUGGGAGUCCUUCUUUGAAAGGAGGACCCUUUGUGUCUCUUCUACUGCUCUUGGAGAGGAUCAGCCUCGGUUUGUGCUCCUCGAGUCAGACAAGACUGCCUCCCCCACACCCCACCCCACCCCUCCGACCGCUAGUACUGUCAAUCCUGGCCUUCCAUACCGACUCUUCUAUAUCCUCAAAUCUUGUGAAUCUGCCUGUGGCACACAGGCUGGUUGCAUUUCUGGAAAUGACAGAUAGUCCAAGCAGCUGGGACUGUGUGCUCUGUAUCCUCACAACCACACACACACCCAUUUCCCCUGUCUAUCACCACAUAGGGCAGCACAGAUUCGGUUCUUCUGAUAUAAUGUACAUUUCCUCUGGGGUUGCUCGCCCCCAAUUGGGCCCGCCUUUCAGUGAAGGCGAGCACAACACUCCUUGAAAUGGAAGCUGUGCAAUGCAGGGUUUCCAGAUUGCUGUUCAGUUGUCAAAGAUGAUGGUCUGCUGGAAUUCGUGUAUCCCCCAACUUAACCAGGGCAAUUUGCUCCCCCAACUUAACCAGGGCAAUUUGCACUAUCCAUCUGGGCACACCUUUUAAUUUGGAAUUGAAAUUGGGGUGUUGCAAACCAGGGAGUGAACAAAGACUCAUGGUGGGGGUGGUAGAUCUGGUGGGGAGUAUCCUUUGGGGGACCAGCUCUGCAAGAGGGGUCUCCAGGCCUGGCCCAGCUACCCACACUCCCCUAACCACAGCACAUAGGUCCUUUUUUGACUUUAUUGCAGGCCUGUGUAUCCUCCUAGCAGACUCUGGCCUCGGCCUGUGAUGGGAAUGGGACUACUCAGGGCAGGGGCAACUCAACGCGAUUCAGCUUCAUCUCCAUCUCUCCGUUAUGCAAGAGAUGGUGGUCAGACGGGGGGGGGGGGGCGUGGGCCAGAGAAACAAAUAGAAUCAUGCUGCAGAGCCCCAGAUGCAGGUGGCCACACUCCGGGCAGCUCAUCCUCCCCAUUCUCCAGCCUUCACAUCGACGCGAUGACCCUGGAGUGACGUGGCUCGCCUGCCCACUCACCGGGCCAGCCAGGGGUGCAGCCUGGUAGCCCCACCCAAAGCAUUGGCCUCCGGAGUCCAGGGGAGCUGCCGUCCCUCCCCUCUCCCACUCUCCAUGGGGCAGGCACCCCACGGCGUCGCCUCCCCUCUUCCUCCCAGCCGGCUCUCCUGUCGGCAGGCGCCUUUAAAAGGUGUGCGCGUGGCUGGCCCAGCGAGCCGCGUGGCUCCGGGGUUGUUGCGUCGAUGAGAAGCCUGGAGGGUGGGGAGGAUUAGCUGGAGGAGCCGCCCAGAGCCCGCCGACAGGGCUUGGCCGUCCGCCGCCCCAGCAGGAUUCUGUUUCUCUCCCCUACCCCCGCCACUCUGACCACCAUCUCUUGCCUAACAGAGACAUGAUGAGAUGGAGAUGAAGCCGAAUCGUGCUGUGUUGCCUGAGACCCGCCUAUGAUGGCCAUGCAGCCAUUGAUACUGUCCCAGCAAAAGUGAUCCUUUUCUUCUCUUUCCCCACCCCCCUGCUUUAAUUAAAUUAUCCUAUUUGCUGUCAGUA